CUCAAACAAUUGGCCUGGAACAUACGUUACUUCCGAGCUCAUCUGCACCAGAUGGGCCUGAUCAUUUAUGGCAACCGGGAUAGUCCUGUCGUUCCAAUGAUUCUCUAUAUGCCUGGGAAGUUGAUCGCCUUCUCAAGGCUCUGCUUAGAUCGUGGUUUGGGUGUUGUCGUUGUUGGCUUUCCUGCCACUGCCCUCCUAACUUCGCGAUGUCGUUUCUGUAUCUCAGCGGGACACACCAAAGAGAUGCUUGAUAAGGCAGAGAGAUGGUGGCACGAGGUGAAGUAUCCCUGGACAAUACUGAUUUCGCCUAGUUCUACACGGCAUGCAAAUGUUCAAGAAGAUAAUCUCAUUCUUCCGAGUGCUUGGCGAGCUCAUUACGUGUAG